GGGCAGCUCUCAGUGUCACAUGUGCUAUUUCUGGGUGUGGACAAGUGAACCAUAAAACCACUAGAAAAUAACAAGGGGAAAUUCUGAACCCAGCUUCUGACAUACACCUGUGGAAAGUACAAAGCAGCUUGAUCACGAGCCCAGCUGUGUGACUGUGUUUUCUUAAAAAUGUAUUUUGAAGUCUUUGCAACCAUCAUGAUUACAAGUAUACAUGUCGUUCCUGUUAUUUACUUACGAGCUAUAGAUCUGUGACAUUGCUAUCACAUUGUCUUUUAACACACAGUACAUGUGGCAUCUUUACUUGCAGGCUCUGUGUUAGGAAAUCAAGUGAUCCAGAACGUCUCUGAAAUCACGGUCAAGAAAGGAGACGACAUAGUGCUAGGCUGCAGCUACAGCGGAACAAAGUAUGUGCUUAUAUGGUAUCAGCAGAAACCCCAUCAAUCUCUGCAGCUUAUUCUCCACGAUGAAUCCAAAACCUUCGAUGAGGAAUUUGCACAGCGUUUUUCUGGCCACCAUGAUACCGAGCAGAAGACUUUCAAUCUUUUUAUCAGAAGGAGUCAGUGGUCAGAUACUGGGACUUACUACUGUGCCUUGGAGUAUGGCACUGUGUGCAGAGCAAGGUCUCAGCUGUUCAUUAACUCCCUUAGCUGUAAGACAGGGCUUAACCCCUUCAGGACGGAGUCAAUAGUACACGUUCUGAUCAAAACAAAACGUAAACAAAAACUGGAAUUUGCACUAUAUGUCAGUUCAACCGUAAUUCACCGCUGUCACAUUAAGUGCACCCACACUUAUUAUAUAUUAUUUUGUUCAGGAGAAGCAGGACUUUAAUUUAUCAUCAACUAUUCAUAUAUGGAACAUAAUUUAUUAAAUUUGUAUUUCCGUCUGACAUUUUAGCUGUUAAUGUCAUAAUACUGUUAGGUUUUACUGCCAAAAAAUGCACAUAUUUGUAACCAUCAACAGGUUUUAUGGUGUUUUGGAAAGUUACAGG